AUGGACCGUUGGUUGAAAGGUGGACAUUUUAAUAAGAAGCCUGUUACAGAGGAAUCUCUUAGUACUCAGUCCGUAGAAGGCAGAAUCAAUGACGAAAAUGGUAGUCAAGUAGUUCAUCGUUGUAAUUCAAAUGCAAAUGGCUUCAUAAAUCCGAUCAAAAAAUGUAAAUACAACGAAAGUUAUUUAGAGAUGGGAUUCUCAGAAACUAAUGAUUGCCAGCCACAGUGCGUUAUUUGUUUGAAAGCUCUUCCUAACAGUUCCAUGUAUCCCGGAAAAUUGCGUCGUCAUUUUGAAAAGACCCAUCCGGAUUAUGAAGGUAAAACGACUGACUAUUUUAAACGAAAGCGCACUGAACUAUUGGCUGUUCAAAACAAAAUAAAAACACACGUUCAAACUGACAACGAAAAUGCAUUGAGAGCUUCCUACAUGGUGAGCUACCGCAUUGCUCAAAAAGGUGAAGCUCAUACUAUUGCUGAAACGCUUAUAAAACCAUGUCUUAUUGAUAUAGCAACUUUUUAG